AUGAGUGACACUGAUGAACCCCAGGCUUCUAUAUCUGAUUACCCUGGUUCCCAGGAGCUGAUAAGCAGUCAGCACAAGGAGCCAUAUAGGGUACAGACAAACACACAGGUGAAGUGUUCGUGCUCCAGGCAGAAGAAUGCUGCUCCUGAGGAGUCUUCAGUUGGCCUUAAUAGUAUGUGUAAAUCACCAGCUGCUUCAGCUGAGGUUGUACUUAUCAGCAGUGAUUCAGAAAUUGAUGCCCCUGAUGCUCGGGGCAGUGAGUGCCGUCCCCAGUGCUCCACUGCACCUUCAAAGCAAAAAAGGAGAUCUCGGUCUUCGAGGCAACAAGCUGAGUCUGUUGAAGAAGUGCCUGACAGUGAAAGCUCUUCAGAUUCUUCUCCCUCCCCCCAAAGUCCAGUGAAGUCAUCGGAAAUGUCCAUGCAGCAGCAGAAGAAGUCAAAAUUCAAUUUGAAAGCCAUUUUUGCCUAUCACUUCAGGGGGAGGAAGUUUAAAGCAGCUGCACACCGGAGAUACACUAUUAGGUCACGGAAGAAGAAGAAGUAUGAGAGCACACAGAUGCCCAUGGGGAGGCCACCACUGACAGCAUCACAUCAAGAGCGAAAGAGGAGGCGUCUAGACAGAGGUGUUCAGUUCCCUUUUGUUGAAAAACAUUAUGGGGAGAAACAUAUUCCCUUAAAGAUGGUUCUUGGCUAUGAGCGAGCAGCUGCUAAGGGAUAUUUUAAGUACAUUGAAGUGCUUAAAUUUGAGGAACAUCUUAAAAAAGCUUUAAAAGCCCUUCAGGCUGGUGAAGACUUAGAAAAAGAAUGUGUGGUGCUACGGAAGCACAAGUAUUUAGAUGAUGAAGGACCCAUUUCCCCUAUUCAGGAGACAAAGGAUGAUGAGGACAGCUUGAAUUCUGAUAAUGAAGAAUAUUGUGAUGCCAGAGUAGUGGAAAACAGCUCUUUCAUUAUAAGCAGCACAGUCCACAGUAAGAAAAAAUCAAAGGCAGAAAGGAAACGUGCAAAAGCAACAGAAGUGAUUGAAAUACUGGAUGAAGAUGACAGAAACUGA